UCCACCAUUUCUCUGGUGAUGUGGUCUUACCGGUGAUGCUGCACCAGCCUUCCUGGUUUCCUCUUGCAGGUGCAAUGUUGUCAAUGAACAGCUGAUCAGUAACAUGUAAUAUAACCAUCUUCUUGAUUCGGUUCAAAAGGAAUUCAUCGUGUCGGUGAAGCCUCCCCUAUCUCAUCACUCUAAGGCCAUUACGCUGUCUUGAAUUCAGGUAUUCCAUCUCAUCUGUAACACAGUAUCCAGCAACAAGUUUCCCUAAACCAGCGGAGAAGUGUCUCAAGGUAAAGUUAAAAAAAAAAAAGUUUUAGCACAAAAACUUGAACAUGAACCCCUUCAAGAACGUGAUGCGUUCGAUCCUGCAGCGUCGUAGUGGUGAUGCUCGGUUGUCUCGCUGGGCCUUGAAGGUGGCCUGUCUCCAGGAUCUAUUACAGCACCUGGUAGGCCAGGACAAGUCUAUCAACGCCAUGGGUAACGUCGCUAGUGAUCUACCCCAGGAAACUCCUGCCAAAAAGGGUUUACAGUUGCCCGCCGACAACCAUACAUCCUGCCAUGAUUCUCCAGAAUUUCUCGUCAAGUUAGCUAAGAUCCUUGUGGUAAAGUCCCUUGCUGAAGACAACCUGGAUGGCAUCACAGAAAAUGUUUUCUUGAAAUACGUGUGCAAGGAUAACCAGCCACUUGGUAAACGGUUGUUUCACUACCUCAUGACUCGCUGGCAAGAGAGCUCUGAAGUAGAGUCAGAGAAUGACGACUUGCAGGGUCUUAUGUCUAAAGCAGCAUUCUUAUCAUCAGCAAAUUGCCUUUUGGGGCUCUUGUCAGAUUCUCGACAACUUGAGUUCUACAUUAAGGUAUUUGCAGAUGACAAAGAAAAGAUUGAAAGAAAGGAUGUGUAUGAGCUGGUAUUUGCUGCCUAUCAGAUAUCCACAGUUGCCCAUCAUACUUGCUGCUUGCCAGAUGAUAUCCUCAUGGCUGUUGUAAAUUCUGCUAUGCAUGGGAAGGAGAGUGUGAGCACCAAAUAUCUACACAGUUGGGUGUCUCAACAUUGCCCUCGUCUAGUGAUGUGGCUACACCGUUGCAUCACUCACAUGCUGACUGUUGGUCAUCGUACGAUACCAGAUAAUACAGAUGAAGGAGAGGAUGUUCGAGAUACACCAGUCCUAGACUGCCCCAGCAAGACUUCGUGUGUAACUCUUCACCCAGCACUCAUCUGGCUUUUAACAGGAACUCUGCCCACUAUAUACACAAAGCAACAGAAGAACCAGGAUCUUUCCUCAUCUAAUAAUCUGUUGUUGGAUCCUCAUGUCUUCAUUAACAAAAUGAUUUCUGCUGGAAGUCCUACACACUGGAUCCUACUCUAUAACAGUGAAAAUGAUGGCCUCAGUAUUAACAGAUUCCAGUACCAUGUAUUUGGCUACCGAAGCCCAACAAUGAUGUUCAUAACAGCAGAAGGUGGUAACCUGUUUUGCUUGGCAUGUGACAUUGACUGGAGAGACUCGAAGCAUUUCUGGGGUGGCGAGAAUUGUCUCUGCAUGCAGUUAACCCCAGAAUAUAAAAUCAUUGAAAGUGGUGCAAAGAUAAUGUACUUCAAUAUAUCAUCACGAGGGUUUCCAACUGGUAUUCAAGUGGGUAAAGACAGCACCAAUCGUGCCCUCACACUUGACUUAAAUCUCACAUUAGUCACCUACCGCAUGAUUCCUUACAAGUUGCAGUCGAUUGAAGUCUGGGGAUGUGGUACAUGUGAAGCCAAAGAAGCACAAACCGAGCUGAAAAAACGUGAAAUAAGAGAUGUCGAGAAUCGACGGAAAGUUAAAUUAAAUAGUUCUGACUGGUUGGACAAUCCUGACCGCUAUCUUAUUGAAUUGGCAGGUACACGCCUAAGUUAUGCUCAAUAUGACACACCUGCUCCUGGAAACUCUUCUAAAAAUUCAUAGUUGAGGCCACUGAUUUCUUUGUGAUUGCUUUAAAUACUGUACUGUAUUAGACCUGACUGCAGUAGUAGUUAAAUGUGUUAAGAUAGUUAUUCAAGUUUUUAAAUUCUGGUAAUGUAUAAGUAAAUACAGAAAUUAGUGAGAAGACAUACUCAGGAUAUCCAUGUUGACUAUGGUUGUUAAAUCUUGUUUUUGAAUGCACAUUAAAUCCAUAAUAUUAUAUGUAAUAAAGCUGUUAGGUUUGUUAUUUGUAUAAGUCAUAUUGUUAUGAAAUUUGUAUGAGGCAUAUUCCAGUUGUUGGCUUCAUUCCAUCUUAUGAUUCCCUAGUCUAGUGAUCUAAUUUCAGUGUAAUGUUGUUUAGUAUUCAUAAUCAGUUAAGGUUAUACGCUGAAGAAGGCUGUAAUUUCUUAAACCAAAUUUUUCUGUUGUUUUUUUGUCUGGCUUUUUACAUCCAUGCUUCACUUGUACUAAUUUUCAUGUACGAGUUUGGUCAUGUAUUGUUCUGCAAUUCACUUUUCCCCCUUCAUCCAACAUUUAAGCAUUUUUCUGUUUUGUUAAUACUAUGCUAUGUUUACAACCCUGUUUUCAUAUCAACAACUUGACCUCUUUACUCCUGAAAUAUGAAGUUUAUUUUACAUGGACAUUCUCUUAUCCAUUUUACUGAGAGUAUAUUUCAGAGUAUAUUUCUUUCUUUUUGGGUCACCCUGCCUCGGUGGGAAACAGCCAAUGUGUUAAAAAAUAAUUAUUUCUCAUACUACCCAUAUUGUGAAUGUUCCUUCUACCCAAUCCCAUUUAAAUUUGUUAACCUUUGCCUUCCUGUUGGGUAUUUUCUCAAUAUAGUAAUAUCACUAAUAUUAAAGACUUGAGCCCCUGGGAUUGGGUCUGCGAUAAGUUUUUUUUUUUUUGUGUAAUGCAUCUUCACAUUAUGUAUUGUGCAAUUAUUCAGAUCCUCAGUGUUUUUUAACUGCACUAACAACUCUUCCUCAGUAUUUUUUGUUACUAAGCACUAGCUGCAUUUAGUCAUUAUUAUUACUUAUUUUUACUAAGUACUUGCUAUAUUUUAGUUGUUAAUUUUACUGAAGACUCUUUCGGGUUUAGCUCUUAGUCUGAUUGUAUUAUUAUUAAUAGUAUUAAUUUUACUAAAAAGAAAACAAAGCUUGAUCACUUUUACUUAGAACAAAGCUUCAUGUCUUAUUGUGUAAAGAAGUGUUUUGUGUGAUGGCUGAGGUACCAGUGAGUACUCUAUGGCUGUUCUAUAUGCUGGGUUUUUGUUUUCAGAUAAACUAGGUCUGUGAUCUGGUUUAUAGAUAAUAUGCUUCUCUCAAGUUUUUUAAAAGAAGGAAGAUUAGCCAUUUACUUACACCAAAAUGAAAAAGUGUUGUGUAGAUACUUAAAAAGGAUUUUCUUGCCUGGACCAACAAGCCUACUUCCGUGCCUCACUUUUUUUUUAAUAUAUUUUAACACUUCAUAAUUUUAGAAUACUGUACUGAUAAUCACUACAUAGUGUUUUUAACUAUCUGAAAAUUAUAGUAAAUUAAAGUAGAGACAGUUAUAUUCUUCUUAA